AUGUUCACCACCCGCCAAUACCUCGCUCUCAUUUCCUUGCUUCUUCAAGCUCCUCCAAUCGCCAAUGCCGAAUAUACCCAGAAAGUAUGGAGUGUGUUCGCAUAUACUAUCUACGGAGAUAGCACUCCUGAUUCGCUUGCGACUAGCGCUCGACCGGGAGGUCUAACUGAAUAUGGGGCUAGCCAGCUUGUCGAUGCCGGGUCUGCAAUCCGAUACCGCUAUGUGUCAUCAGCAGGGAGUCUCAACGCAACUGAGUCUGCAAUUCAAAACAUUGCCCCGUCUAUACUCAAUUCUAAGGAUGUCAAGGUCCUAUCAACGACUGAUGAAGGCACUAUUGGUUCGGCACAGGCAUUCAUGCUUGGCCUUUACCCACCUUUAGGCCAGGAGAACAUGAAUACUUCUGACGAAACAGCAAACGGCACCCACUAUUCAGCGCCAAUGGAUGGAUAUCAGUUCCCAAAAAUUGUCACUCUGGGCGAGUCUGAUCCGGGGUCAUUAUUUGUGGCGGGCCAAGCAAGUUGUAACAUGUACCAAGUUGCCGUAUCGGAAUACCAGAAUGGGGGAGAUGCAGCAGAGAUCACCCAGGAUACUGAAGUGUUCUACGAAAAGCUCUUGCACGACGUUCUCUCUGGGGUCUAUGACGAAUCCUCUGCAACCUAUACAAAUGCUGUUAGCAUUGCAGACUAUCUGGACUAUGAAGCCCUACAUAACAGUACAGCACUAGAUAUGCUUUUCGGUGAUGAUUUGAUUCGAGCGCGAGCGUUAGCCGAUCAGUUUACGUAUGCUACAAAUGGACUGGGUGCUUCACCACUAAGCUCGGACUCCACAGCCGGCUUGACCAUUCCAAUUGCUGGGCAAACUCUUGCUUCCAGUAUCAUAGAUGCGUUCAACAUCAACUUGGAAUAUGACGGCAAUGGGGAGAAAAUGACAUUGUUAUUUGGUGGCCCAGAGCCAGCCGUGGCAUUGGCUUCAUUGUCAGGCCUCGCCAGCAAUCAACAAUCGAACUUCUUCUCCCGUCCGGCUCGAGGCGCUUCGCUGAUCUUUGAACUGUUCAGCUUUGAAACCGAUACAGAUGACGACAGCUACCCCGGAAGUGGUGAAAUGUACGUGCGAUUUCUCUUGCACAACGGCACGGACUCUUCCACCGAAUUCAUCUCGUAUCCGCUCUUUGGGAAUAGCCCCAGCAAAACCUAUAUCCCAUGGGUAGAUUUCCAAGAGGAAAUGAAAACAUUCGCCAUAGGAUCAACCAAAGAGUGGUGUACUCUUUGCAAUGCCGAUUCCGUCUUUUGCUCGGGGGUCUUGAGCCAUGGUCACUCGUCUUCCAAAAAGAAGGGAGUCUCUCCAGCCGUAGCUGGUGUUAUUGGAGCCUUUGUUACACUGGCUGUGAUUGGGUUGUUAGGCCUAGCAGGAUUCCUUGUCUUUUGGUUCCGCAAGCGCCGUGGAGAGCACAAACCGAGCAUUGGAGGCUUCAAGGGACCUGGCAAACUUGCUAGCGAUACAGAUGUUUCUUUCCGUAAUCCUAUCUGGGGCACUGACAAGACUGCCAGUAUGGAACAGGAUAAUGAGGUUUCCGGAGGGGGAGUGGUUGUUCGCGGCCAGGAACGGCUGGGGAGCUGGGAAAUGGGCCAGCAGAACCCAGAAAUGGAAAACACUAUGGCAGCGACUCAACCAGGACGACUUGCCGAACCAUCAACUUUGGAAGAUGAGUCUGCUAGUGAAUGGCAGCUGCACAGCCGUUUACAGCCUGUCAAAAUUCGUGAGAGUGUUUGA